UCCCGCCAGGCGAGUCUCCUGACGUUCGGGGGAUGGCGUGCUCCGUGGCUCCCCCGGACCAGGACCGCGGAGAAGGAUCGUUGGUUCAGGAACGCAAAAUCCCGUACACCGUAUCAGUCCCCUACGGAUUCCGCCAGCGCGGAAGUCUCCGAUGCGGUACCAGCGCACCGGUACUCAGGCAAUCACACUGCCACAGCCACACUUGCCACAAGUAGCAGCCGUACUAGAAUCACAUUUGAAUAACGAUCAUCAGAGUGCAUUCCGGCCCGUAUAGCUACGGAGAUCGGGCGACAACAAUCUGCGUGAAAUACUUCUAGGCGGUUCGGUUGCAAUUGGCUACUAUUUCUUG